AUGGGAUAUUUCCAGCGCAACACGCCCAUCAACCCCAUUACUAACAGCAUGACUACCGAAUGCCACACACCAGAGUCCCGACUGAACAGGAAGAUGGCUGCAGAACCAGAAGAACACUUGGAAGCAGACGUGUGUAAAUUGAAAAGCUCUAAUCGUGGAAACAAUCAUGAGAAUGGGUCUUCUGGCGCUGUUGGCUUCCUGCUGCCUUCUGCAGGCCGCACUGGCCCACAAGUGGUACAACUCAGCGCCCAUCCUGCCUACAGUAGUGGCUUCCUCCGAGCAUAUAGCAGACCCCCGCUGCUACAACCACUCCAGGAUGUUCCUGCAGGAACUAGACAACUACACGCUGUGGGCCGUGCAGAUGCUGACGCCUCAGUCAAGCUACCAGAUGGUAUAGUGGAUGGCAGCGUUAACCACCUGGGUCACUUCGACCAGUGUCUGGAUGUAUCUGUGAACGACCUCCACGGGCAAUAUUGUCUGGUGGAGAUAUCCUUCCAGCCUGUCUCCUACACUCCUACACAGACGGUGGAUCCAUACACUCUGCAGUUCGACCCACAGAUACAUGUCUGGGAGAAGCUCAAGAAGUCUAAGGACCGCUCCAAGGUCACCCGCAGCACGCUCCGCCUGGGCCUGUGUAUGCCCUCCUCUUGCACCCCCCAGCAGCUGCAGGCGACCUUGGCACACGAGCUACAGCUGCUGGGGCAGAGGGUAGGGCUUAUCUUCAAGAGUCAGGUGUCUCCCCAGCUGUGUGCCACUCACCAGGAUCCCAUGCCCUGGUCGACUGGAGAGAUUUUCUUCUGGUAA